UGGAUGACUUCCUAUUGUAACUUUUCUGCCGUAUCAGACCGGUCACUGCGAGAUAAUCAUGGCCAAAGUUUCUUCUCUUUUUCCUCUGGAACAGACUUACUAUCAGUCUCUGUCCAAAAUGUAUUUUCCACCUCAAGAUGUCAUGCCGCAAAGCCUCAAUACAGUUACUAUUUCCAAGCUGGAAUAUGAGAAUCUACUCCAAGCGUCGUAUCAAUUUGCAAAGCUAAAAGGCUCGCUUCUGAACGGGGGACUGUCGCAGGAAACCCUUGAUAUAUUGAUCUACGGUGCGCGAGCACAACCGAAGCCCCCGUCUCAGAAUAACGACCACAAUAACGAGAACGCUGCUGCACGACCCGCUGAAUCCAACGGACAUACCAACGGUUCGAAUCCUACAGAAACUGCGGCUCAUAUUCACAAGUACCAGGACGAUAAAGACACGAUCAAUGACUACAAAGUACCUGGUAGCUUUGACGAUUUUGAAGAAGAUGACGAGGAUGAGGACGAGGAGGAUGGCGUCAUUGUCUCGCCAAAUAGCAAAGAGAAAGUUUAUUCCGAGGAUAUCUCGAAAGGCGAACAAUCUUCUACUGGUCAGCGAACUGUUUUGAUCCGUAACCUACCAGAACGGGUCACUCAUGAAGACAUUACCGACGCCAUUAGGGGUGGUGCUCUUCUAUACAUCUACCUUCGAGCUCGCGACCAUUUUGCAAAUGUAUCUUUCGUUGACGAGAGUGCGGCAUACGCCUUUUUGCGUCAUACAAAGCUAAGCGGCCUUCAUGUGGCCGGUAAGCGCGUAGAUACAGCGUGGAGUGACCGUCAAUUCUACCUUCCUUCUUAUGUCAGAGCCAAAAUCAACGGAGGGGCUUCCCGGGUCCUGGUCAUCAACAACGUCAGCCCAUUUAUCACAGAAGAGUUGAUUCGGAGGGACCUUGACCAUAUUCAUAACCUCACUGUCAUCUCCGUCAAGUUCCAUCAUGGCAAUGCAUACAUCUCAACGAACUCCGUCCACAAUACUCUGUUUGCACGUACGUGUAUGAUGUCCCGCCGCACGUACAAGGGCAUGAGGAUUGCCUUUUACCCAGAUGAAUGUUCCGAACCCCUGGCCAAGAUCACGCCGAAGAAGGACAUGCAUCCAGCACCAACUAAGCCAGUUUCGCGCCCAAAUCGCUUCCAGCUUCUCUCCCUUAGUGGGACCGAGAACGAAGAAGAGGAUGAUUACGAGAAUAUCCACGAUGACUUGGACAGUCAUUCUUCAGUGAACGGCGGUGUCUGCUGGGCAGACAAAGUCUGACAACACUUGAACGGUAUGGGAGUGAUCUUCGUCUUAUGAUAUACCCUAUGUUAUGCUUUUUAGCUCUCCGCCACGGUCCCGCCAUGCUUUGGUCACUUGGCUUUGUAAUGUCUAUUUUAGGUCAGUUACGCAGUAGAAUGCAAUUAUACGAU